CGUUUAGGUGGCGUCAAUGAUAUAGACGGAAUAUUUAAGCGUAACACACAAUUCUGUCAACAUGGCUGCCUCCUCUAGGAGUUUAUUAAGAGUCUUAUCCAGAUGUCAGAGUCGGUACUUUUCAGUUUCCCGCAGUACACUGACCUCACACAGACACCUGCCUGUCAGAUCCUAUGCUGCUGCCGCUAGGCAGGUGCAGAAAGAAAAGAAAGAAGAAACGACUCAAGAAAAGGUGGCAAAAGAGAAGAGAAAGAUUGAUGACAAAGACAGACAUAAACCCUACGGACUCACUGCCUGGGCUCCAUUAGAUGAUGUAUACUUGGUCAGGUAUUAUCCUAAACCUGUGUACGACACGCCAGUGGCCAUCGAAAUGCUGAAGGACUUUCAAAAGUUGGACUUCACACCUGAAACCCAACCCGUUUACAUUAACUUGCGCCUGGACAUGAAGCUAGAGAAAAAGAGAAAAGUGGAUCCAUUUGUUAGCACAAUGCAUUUACCACACCCAUUCAAGUCUGACAUCAACAAAGUUGUGGUCUUCACUGAGAACCCAGAUCAAGCCAGAAUAGCAAUGGAGAAUGGAGCAACAGUUGCAGGUGGAGUGGAGCUGGUUGAAAAGAUUUUAGCAGAUGAGAUUACAGCAGAUUUUUAUUUGGCUGAGCCAGACAUCAUACAAAAGCUGCUCCCUUUGAAAAAUAAACUAAGGAAGAAGUUUCCCAAGAGCAAGAAAGGUUCAGUUGGGGUGAAUAUCCCUAAAAUGCUUGCAUUAUUCAAGGCCGGUCAUGAAUACAUUGUUGAGGACACCUAUGUUAACACACAAGUUGCAACACUCGACAUGUCUACAGACUUUAUUUUAGAAAACAUUAAAGCCAUAUGUAAAGACGUGGCCAGCCACAAACCAGCGGAAUUUGGGACGUUUAUUGAGAGGGCAGUCAUGUGCAGCAGGACAAGUGAGGGUUUGCACAUCAAAAUUGAGGAUUUAUUACCACAGGAACAGAAGAAGGCAUAAGAUUUUUGUUUUGUAUAUAUUUACAUUAUACCAAAAUGUACACUGUAAUAAAAUGUUAACUAUAAAAAAUGUCCAGCUGUGUGUUUUUCUGUUGUUGUUAGAACUGUGUAGAAAUACAGUCUGUGUUGGUGUACGGAAGAAGUCUUGAUUGGGUUUAUUUUUAUUUUCACUUUUUUACUUUACUUUGACAUUAUUGUCUUAUAUAUUGUUUCAUAAAUGUUGAUACAUAUCCUCCUGAGACCCAGCAAUUAAUUAAUGUAAUGUAAUGUAAGUAAUGCAUCUUUUGCAGAUUAUAUGUUUUCUUGAUCAUCAUCAUUUUUGUUUUUCAACAUGAGAGUCUAAACUUAAAAUUUAGCAGUAUUUCAGAAAUGUACAAUAAUUCUUCUGAACCUUUCAAAACACGACUUUCAUUUGAUGUCAUUUGCAGUGGACACCAGAACUUUGUUCUUAUGUUUUUUUUUUACUUCUUGUAAUAGGCAGUUCUAUGUUUAAGUUUUUGAUUAAAAUAAUUUGUAACACUUUACAAUAAAGUUGUAUUUGUUAACAUUAUUAAAUGCAUUACCUAUGAACCAGCAAUGAGCGAUAGUUUUUCAGCAUUUAUUAAUCUUUGUUAAUUUUAAUACGACUGCUCAUGUUAGUUCAAUGUGCAUGAACUCAUGUUAAGAAAUGCAACCUUAUUAUAAAUAAUUAAAAGAAGGCACACCCACAUAUAUAAAAUAUGGUGCAAUCCAUUUGCCUUAAAAAAUGGACAUUCCAAAAUGUUUGUAGAUGUACUUAUCCCGCAAUAGUUGGCUUGUCCAGAACAAAGCAGUCACAUAACUCAUCUGGUUAAUAUACUUAUGCCGCAAUAGUUAGCCUGUCUGGAACCUAGCGGAUAUUAAACCACAAUACUGUAUGACACUUGCAUUACAUGCGAAUGGCCCCUAUGCUUAUAGGAUUUUGUUUCUCUUUCCCUUACUCGUCUUCGAUCCCGAGGACAAAAAGAUGCUGCAGUAAUGGUCAUCAAACCACUGAUCUACUGGCAUUCCUUCAACGUGAUGCCCAGCCAAUGUCUGACCAAUGACCACCGGCUGCCCCUGACUAAAAACUUUUAACCCCUGGGGAGUCAGCUGACAUUGGCUUAACUUAGCACCCUCUUCUAUACGUUACAUUAUUAUAAUGCUCGUUGGUAUGGUUUAAUCUUAGCUGUUGUAUUUUUGCUGCUUAUGUUGUCCAGCGAUUUUUCUGUGUUUUCUCCUGCAUUUGUUAAUGUUAAGUUGCUUUGAAAUAAUUAAACAAUUGUGAAAAGCGCUAUAUAAAUAAAAUUGAGUUGAAAAAUAAAUAAAUAAUGCAGAAUGCACGGAUACACCACAGAAUGUG